CCCACAUACCGUGAAAAUACUAGAAAGAGAAAGAGAAAGACAGGCUUUUGUUGCUUCUUCUUCUGGGUUUCCCAAGUUUUGAUUUGCUGCUAAGGUAAAAUAGCGCUGUCAGACACUGUUCAGAGUGAGAGCAAAGAAAAGGGCCUUAGGAAAAAAAUGAGUGAAGACGCCAAGAGAAGCGUCGCCGGAGCACUGACGGUCAAAGCCAACUCCGAUGAUAGGAAACCCUUGUCGGCGGCAGCCGCAGCUGUCGGAGGCAAGCGCGUUAUCAUAAAGAGUGCCGAUAUGUUUGGAGACAUGCAGAAGGAGGCUGUUGACAUCGCCAUAGCUGCGUUUGAGAAGAAUAGCGUGGAGAAGGAUGUUGCAGAGAGUAUAAAGAAGGAGUUCGAUAAGAGGCACGGACCCACCUGGCAUUGCAUCGUCGGUCGUAAUUUUGGUUCAUAUGUGACCCACGAGACGAACCACUUCGUUUAUUUCUACUUGGAUCAGAAAGCAGUUUUACUCUUCAAAUCUGGUUGAGUGAGAAUGUUUGUUAUGAUGAUGAGAUUAAUGAUUAGCACUUUGUAUGUAUUAAAAUUGGGAAUAUGAUGGCUCUCAACAAGCCACUUGCUGAAAAUUCUUGUGCUUUAAUUUGUAUAUCUAAUAUCUCUUCCUACU